AUGCCACCCCCAUCAACCCACCGCCGCGCCAUCCGCCGAACAGACGACUUCACCCCAGGCACCCCAAAAACCAAGCUCGUCUCCGAACCCCUCACCCCUCUCUCUCCCACAUCCGUCCUAAUAAAAGUCCACGCCAUAGCCCUCAACUACCGCGACGCCAACAUCGCCAACGGCGGGAACCCCUGGCCCGUGACGCCAAAUGGCAUCCUCGGCAACGACGCAGCCGGUGAGGUAAUUGCAGUCGGCGACAAGGUCAAAACCCUGGUCGUUGGCGACCGCGCUGCCCCAAUCACCGACACGGAGAAUAUCUCGAAUCGCGAACAUACCCGGUCCUGGCUCGCUGCUGACGAGGAUGGUGUUAUGGCGGACUAUAUCGUGUUUGACGAGCGCGUGCUGUGUAGAUUGCCGAGCUAUCUUAGCUGGGUUGAGGCGGCGAUGGUGCCGUGUGCGGGUGUUACGGCUUGGUCUGCGCUGAAGGGGAUGAGGAUUGGGCAGACGGUGCUUAUUCAGGGAACCGGCGGCGUCAGCGUCUUCGCCCUCAAACUCGCCCGAGCCGCCGGGCUGCGCAUAAUCCUCACCUCGUCCAGCGACGCAAAGCUAGCACAGAUGAGCGAGAAGCUCGGAAACCCGCCGAUUUCAACAGUCAACUAUGCUAAAUUCCCAGACUGGGAGGAGGAAGUCCUGAAGCUGACCAACGGCGUCGGCGUGGAUAUCGUUGUUGAGAACGGGGGCACGAGCUCGCUGGUCAAGAGUCUGAAGUGCACGAGGCGUGGAGGCGUCGUGAGCCAGGUUGGGUAUCUUGCGAAGCAGGAUCCCAGUCAGCUGCGUGAGCUGGUGCCCACUAUUAUUGACAGGAGGGUUAUUUUGAGAGGGAUCAACGCUGGGUCCAAGUUCGACAUGGAAGACUUCUGUGCUGCGCUGGAGGCUGCGCAGACGCCACUUACCGAUCUGAUUGACAGGGUUUUCCCAUUCGAGCAGGCUGAGGAGGCGGUGGAGUAUGUUUGGCAGGGGAAGCAGAUUGGCAAGAUUGUGCUGCGUGUUUGA